ACAAGAACUGAUGGCCAAAUUUUUAAUUGGAGAAGAACUGAUUUUGUUUUCCAGCCCAUGCCUUAGAGAUUUGUUUUUCUUUCAUUACAAAUUGCAACCAUUUGGGCCUGAUUGAGCCCGUAUGAAAUUUGUGCCCAAUUGCCUUUUCCAUAUAUUUGAUUAACAGUCGAAGCUAGGGUUUUUGUUGUCUCCAUCUCCACCUGAAUUUUGUGUCGGCAGCCUUAGAGUCAAGAGUAUUCCCUCAAUUCCAAUCUACAUCAAACUAUGGCGGCUAUUGAAGUUAGCCGAUUAGGGGUGCAACGACGGUGAUUCUCUGAUUCCGCUAAAUUCCAGAGUGUUUGGUUCAAAUGGAUAGUGGAAUUUCAAUGAGUUCGCUAGCUAUCUCAUUCCUUGGCGAUUUUCUGAGUAUCAUUCAGCCAUUUUGCGCGGCCGUCAUGGCGGUCUUUGUCAAGCCAUCGUGGAAUUUCUCUGAUUCGGCUGCUCGCACGAAGAAACAAGCAUCAGCAGGUGCAGCUUCCAAUCUGUCGGUGCCGGGAACGUGGGUCUUGCGGUUAUCGGAGCUCCAGCCAGCAAAUCCAAAGUUUUCGGUCUGCCAAAAACGUGGGUAAGCAUAUAUUCAUGUAAAUAACUGUCGUUGUUGCUCGCACUCUACUAACCUGGUGGAGGACAGUUACUAGCUAAUUCCAAAUUAACACGAUCUGCUCAACUGCCACCAGGUCAACCUUGAUGUGCCGACAAACCUGGCUUUUGCGGUUACCUUGCUGGAGCCUAUAAAUACUGUUGUCCUACGACGUAAAAAUGUUUUCCCACUUACGCCCUUGUCAGUUAGCAAAGCAAGAUGGCGCCGCAGCUGUUGAAGGAUUUAGCAACUCAUUCUCGAAAAUGGAUCAUUCAAUGUCGUGUCUCUCGGAGGUGGAUCGCAACUAACUGUAACACAGGAAAAGUACUGCAUUUGGACAUGGUGCUCAUCGAUUCCGAGGGAUCAGACAUUUGGGCAAUGGUUCCUCCACUAUUGAUUCCAAAAUUUGAAUCCAGUUUGAUAGAACAAGAAGUGUAUGAGAUUAGGCAUUUCAAGGUUGCUAUGACCAAGAACACAUUUAGGCCUGUUCCUAAUCGUCUGAUGAUUGAGUUUGAUGCUGCCACUUUAGUCCAGCAUAUCAAAACAGUGUCGUCCAUACUUAAUUAUAAGUUCUACUUUCUCAAUCAUGCUGCUAUGAUGAAAAGGUUGUAUGAUAAGAAGAACCUUUCAGAUGCAAUUGGUCAAUUGAUUGACCAUUCUAGCCUAACCUCUAGCACCUCUGCUACAAAACGCUGGAAGGAAAUCACAAUAAAACUCAUUGAAGGGGAGAUGGUGAAAGUCACUUUGUGGGGAAAUAUUGGCAAGCAAUUAGAAGACAUCAUCUCUCGCAAUGAACGGACAGCUGUCAUUCUGACCAUUACCUCUGUGUUUGUCGAUGAAUUUAAAGGGGAAAUCUGUUUGUCAUCAACAGGAGCAACUCAGUUGAAGGCCAACUUGGAUAUUCCAGAAGUGCUUGAGUUUAAGGCUAAGGACACAAAUCUGACAGCACCAGUGCUGGUUGCUGAAGUCCCAGCUGCCGAGAUUCCAAAAAUAUCGCUAGCUCAACUAAAUGAGUUCAAAAGCAAUGAAGCACAGAGUGGCAAACUAUUUUCGGUUGAAGGAAAGGUGACUCAAGUGCGUCCUAAUUGGUGUUACAUGGGAUGUGUUGCAUGCCCGCGGAAGGUGGAGGAGGAUCUGGAGGAGUAUUUUUGUGGCCACUGUAAGACAACAUCAUCGAUUGCUAAAGCAAAAUAUAGAGUUAAAUUCCAGCUGGAAGAUAAUACAGGAGAGGCUGAUUUUGCCAUCUUGGAGCAUGAAGGCCUGCGCUUUUUUGGAGUAAUGGCUGAUGAGUUAUUCCAAUUAAACCAGAGGAACAAAGAACCUCUUCCGCUCCAGAUUCAUCAGAUUGUGAACAUGACGCUGAAGCUAACUGUUAAACUAACUGAGUUUAACAUCAUGAACCCACAAACUGAGAUCUCUAUAGUUAGCAUUGAUCAUGAUCCUCUUCAGCAACUCAACAAGGAUCCGUGUUCAAAGGAUCUUGCAGGAGCAACCUCAGUUGGACAGGAAAUGGAAUCUGCUCUUGAUUGUGAGGCUGACGAUGAGAAGUAGUGGUGUUGCAGACUUGCUCCAUCUAAUAACCACCAUAUCAUGCAUUCUGAUUAGUAUUAUUGUUUGUCUAUGGGAUGUUCAGAUUUAGCUUUUCAUUCAGAUCCAUGUUGAAACUCAGGUUGUAGGUUAUUUCCCAUAUGAAUUAUCCUUUUAUGUUUAGUAUGAAUUGCAAACAAUAUUAUGGUUCUUUGCCUUCAAUGGUUUUCUAUCCGUUGGACAGUUUGACUUCUAUGGAUUCUCUUUUUUGUUGAAUCAACUUUGCAUCAUAACUGCCAAUGCAGUUGAACAUUAGUUGUGUGAGUUUCGGCUAUUGUCAGGGAUUACUCCUUUUGUAAGAUAAACAGGUUGUUUGUAUCAUUCGUGAGUUCUUGCUGUCAAAAUUUACUGCAUUGUUAAAAUUUCUUAUUGCUUAUCUUUACUGUCAUUUCUUUUUGAUGAUUAUGUUUGCUGUAUUUUCCUGAUUUUCAGAUUCUGUUUGCUGUCCAUAUUUUCAUUGAUUCUGUUUGCUGCAGUACUCUGAUUUGUGAUUGUGUUUGCUGCCUUUUUUCUGAUAAUCUGAUUGUGUUUGUUGUCCAUUUUGAGAUUGAUUAUGUUUGCUGCAUUAUUCUGUUUUUUUGCAUAAGAUUUGCUGCAUUUUCAGAUUUGAGGUGGUGUUUGUUGUCCAUUUUUUUGUUGAUUUUCUUUGCUGCAUUAUUCUGCCUUCUUAAUUAAAUGAGUUUACUCCACCAUUGCUAGCACUUUGUAGAGCUGAUUGUUAAUCUAAUUGUAGAUGAACCAUUAAAUAGCAUAGUCUUUAACAGACAAUUUGCAGCAAUGGUGGCUUUUAUAUUGAUUAGCAGACUUGGGUUUUUAUGAAAUUCUCUGUCUUAUUGCCUUUUUUUUUAUCCUUCAAACCACCCUUAAAGACUCAUGUUUGAACAAUAGUUGAGCUUACUCCUUUUUAUAAAGGUUGUUUUUAUCAGACUGUACACUACUAUGUAUGUAUUUUGGCUUUUUCAUGUUGACAUUGAAUUUGUUUCAUCAAGAUUUUGAAUCACAUGAAUUUUAGUGGCAGAUCAUACUUUUCAGAUCUCAUGGUGUUCCUCAAUUUUCACAAACAAACCCGGCCAACGGGCCGGGCCCAAUGCUAGUGAUUAAGAAAAUCAGAGUUCACUUGAGACAUGUCACGUUUUUUUUCUUCCAAAACCCAUGGGCUCAGCAAUGUAGGCCACAAAAGUGCAAUUUGUUAUCAGCCAUAAAUUUGACUGGGGCCUUGAACCCAUACAUAAGUUUUAUCCGAAUGUGGUGGGCCAAAUAUGGGCCGAAAGGCCGAACCAUUUCCAUUGGCACGAAAUUCGACAUAGGUAACAAGUUUAUUAAUCAUAUUAUUAUUAUCUGCAUCGAUCGCCACACCCACAAAUCGUAAAGCACGCGAAUCACUACGGAGAGCAGUAGGGUUUUGGCAUAGAAACUAGGGAUAGCAAAUUUGCCCAUACCCAUGGGUUUCUUACUAUCCAACCCAAUUGGGUUGGGUAUGAAAUCCAAAUAGAUGGAUAUGGGUAGAGUUUGAUGGGUUUGUACCCAUACCCAUUUACUUUGGGUUGAGUUGGGUUUAUAUCAAAUGGAUUUGGGUUUGUACCCAUGCCCAAAUACAAAUUACAGUUUGGUACCCAAACUUAAUAGACAUGCAUAUUUAGUACCUAAAUUUAAUUUUUUUUUCAUAUAAGUCCUCAAAAUAUCGAUGGAAAUUUACGUUUUGGUACCUAAAUUUUUUUGGUCUUACAUUUUGGUACCUAAACUUUUCAAGUUUUGCAAAUAGGUCCAAGUUUUGCAUGUGUAGUUAAAACACCCUCAAGUAAAUGGAUAUCCAUAUC